UGCCACCACAAAUCAGCGACAGUCUGAAAACGUCAUUAGUUGAAGGUACUCCCAGGCGGAGUGGAGUCUGCGUCGGUGUAAGAAGACUGAAAAGAAAGCCACAAACAACGACGUACCUAGACGGCCCUAGUUAGUUAGCUGCAACAUAAACCUAGUUAUUCCGUCAAUCCAAAAAGUUUCUUGAAAAACCAACGUUUCUCAGACACAGAAGGUCAGCUCACCAGGCGGCACACAUAGCCAUGGCCCAGGAAACCAAUCAGAGCCCGGUUCCUAUGCUCUGCCCCACCGGCUGUGGUUUCUAUGGUAACCCAAGGACUAAUGGCAUGUGCUCUGUGUGCCACAAGGAGCACCUGUCAAGACAGAACAAUGGAGGAGUCAGUUCUUUGAGUACUGUGGGCAGCAGCAGUGGCCCCACAGCUGAGGCUUCUGCCAUCCAGAGGUUAGAGGCCACCUUGAAUAAUGCUGCAGCUGCUGCAGUAGCUGCUGCAGAGGUGGCAGCUGAGGCUGCUGCCACUGAGGCUCUCAGCGGGGUUUCAACUACCAUUUCUGUAACAAAGCAGAUGACUGAGAUGAGUCUUUCCUGUGAGGAGAAAGGUGCAUCAAGGAGCAAAGUAGAGCUCACAGAACCAGUGUUAAGUCAGCCCACAUUCUCAGCCUCCCAUCCCUCCACUGCUGGCAGUGAGCACUACAAAGGCCAAGAGCCCCCAAAACCCAAGAAGAAUCGAUGCUUUAUGUGUCGCAAAAAGGUUGGCCUUACAGGUUUCGACUGCCGCUGUGGGAAUCUGUUCUGUGGACUUCACCGUUACUCCGAUAAGCAUAACUGUCCGUACGACUACAAAGCUGAAGCUGCGGACAAGAUUCGCAAAGAGAACCCUGUGGUUGUUGCUGACAAGAUCCAGAGAAUAUGAAGAGGACUCUCAGUUUGACUUUUAAUACUUGGAGCGAUUGGCUUUAGAAAAAAAAUGGACUUGAGCCUUGAACCUGUCUCAUCCCCCCUCCCCCCUUGUUUCCCCUUCUUGUUUGUUACACAUUCAGGAUUGUUUUCCCCAGUGCAUGUAUUUCACAUAUAUUUUCAGCUUUCAUUCUUGUUUGUGUGUGAACACUUUUGAAGGGUUGUAUUGAACAAAGCGUGUAUGUGAGGACGGGAGAGUCCCUAUCAUGGGAAGGGACUGAGGGUGAUUGCUGAAGAUAAAGUCAUUACCCUUUUAGAAUAUGCUGUUGAUGGCUGCCCAGCCUGUUUUGAGAUCGCUUGAACUUUGCCUGGAAAAAGCUCGGACACUUUGGGCCUGCUUGGACUCUCAGACUGUUACUGCUGUUGUCUGAUGGCGCCAUCUCAGCCAUGCUUGCACUCUGCUGGCUUGAGUAGCAAAGUUGAUAUUGUCCUUUUUUUUUCUCUUUUUUUUUUUUUGUCAGAGUUUAACCCUCCUUACUUGUCAGACUUUCGGUCCUGGUAAGUUUUUAUCGACAUGAAAUGCUUCUCUGUGCUGCUGGAAUCUCGUCCCUUGACACACAGCUCAGACAUAUUGCUAAAGAGACUUUAAAAACAAAAAAGAGACUUUUGUUGCUGGCCCUUUCUCGCUGGCUCGUGUUUCUUGCCUCCUGCUGUGUGUGCGGCACCAAAAACAAGAUGUAGAUGGACAGUUUACUUCUAGUUCUCUCCUGUUGAUCUUUGGCUGAAUGCUGUGACCUGCUCUGUGCCCUGGAUUUGGAUGGCAGGCACGUCGACUUCCUUCUCAUCUUUAAAACCAUCCACUGAAGUCACGACGAUACACAUUGCUUCAUCUUUCUUCAAAAAUGUGUGUGUGCUGUUGUAUGACAAGUAGCCUAAACUUGUAUUAAUUUUUUGCCUUUGGAAGGGUUUAGCUCCACUAAUAUUUUCAUCUUUUACUUCACUAUUGAAUGUUUUCCUUUAUUUUUAAUGUGAGCAGACAAAUUCACAACGUUGGACCGUUGCAUUCUGUGUAUCAAACACAAGUGUGUGUUUGUGGGAGUAGAUGUGGAGGGCCGGUGUGAGUGUUGUGUGCCGCGGUGGUCUUAGGUUAAUUUUAAGUUUUUGUUGAUUAUUGGUCUGGCUGCUUAAUCAGUUUGUUGUGUUUUUUACCCUUUAGUUAUGCAAGUUUGUACAAACAUCUUUAUUUAUAUACUGCAGUGUGCAUAACCCUCCAAUAAUACAGAAUAAAUUGUAUGAUGUAAAUAAAUUAUGUUCACAAAUAUAUAA